AUGGUAGCCACUACGGCCACUAAAGUAACUAGUGCGUCUGUGCCAACAAAUAAUCACUUUAUGCCAUCAUUUAAAAUGGAUUUACCUGGAAAUUUACUUCAUCCGGUCAUUUUAUGGACAAAAGAUGAUGUACAAAAAUGGAUUGAAUAUUGUAUGGAUGAAUAUUCAUUAGAAGAUAUCAAUCUGAAUGAUUUUGAAAUGAAUGGUAAAGCGUUAUUGUUAUUGAAUGAAGAUAGUUUUAAACAACGUUCAUCACGUUCUGGUGAUAUUUUACAUAAAGCGCUUCAACAACAUAAUGCCUUGAUUAAAUCUUUGACGUGUCAAGUCUUUCCAUAUCAAUUUUGGGGGAACUUCGGUCUCUUUCCUCCUGCAUCUCUCCGUCAUUUUAACAUUCCAUUUCCACCACCACCACCACCAUCAGCACCAGCACCAGCACCCGUGCCUUAUAUGCAUCCAAAUGUUAAUUAUAUGUUUGAUCGUUGUGAAAAGAAACACGAAACUAAUUUUACAAAGUUACAACAACCAACAAAAACUCGACAACUCUCAAAUUCGUCUUCAUCGUCAAUUUCAAAAUCGUUUGAGCAAAAUAAUGUUUAUGUCCCAAUGUCAUCUAUGAAACAAGAAUAUAUAGAUCAUAUAGAUCGUCAAGAUCUUAAUGUUAAACAAUGUGAAAAUGUUUCAUGUCAAUCAGUAACAUCAAGUGCACCAUUUGUUUCUGAACAAGUACAUGAAGCCAAUCCAAUAAAAUUUCAUUCACAAUUAGUAUCAAAACUAAAACGACAAAUAGACGAUUUAACAGAUAUGUCCGGAAGUGAUACAACAAAAACAAUACGUUAUUAUCAUGAUCGAGUGGAUUUUCAUGGAGAUAUUCUAAUGAAACCACCAGGAGCAAGAAAUUGUCGUAUUUUAUGGGAAUUUUUAUAUAUUUUACUUGAAGAUCCAUCUUAUGAAUCAAUAAUUCAUUGGGAAAAUCGUGAAAAAAUGAUUUUUCGAAUAGUUCAAGCUGAUAAACUUGCUGCACUUUGGGGCCUUCAAAAAAACCGUCUAUCCAUGACAUACGAAAAAUUAUCACGUGGCAUGCGUUAUUAUUAUUCAAAUAAUAUUAUUACAAAAGAGCAAUCCAAACGUUUAUUAUAUCGUUUUAUGCGUUCACCAGAUGAAAUUCGAAAAACUAUAAAACGUAAUGUUGAUACUGCAAAUACAAUUCAUUCGACAAUAAAUAAAAAACCUUCAGUAUCAUUAUCGUCGACAUCAAAUUUUCACAGACAAGAAACAUCAAACGAAAUGACUAAUCGAUUUCUUCAAAUUUUUUCCGUUCAUUCACCAUCUAGUACACCAGCAACACCAAAUUUCAAUUCAGCUAAUAGUCCAUUCUUUACGACACCUAAUGAUUCUGCGUCAAAAAGCGAUCGAUCAAGUUCAUCGUCACCCGUCUCGUUUGAUAGUAAUAAUGAUAACGAAAAAAAAUUUUGUAGUUCAUCUCAAUCUUCAUCAUUAACAUCAACGAAACGUAAACAAGCCGUUCCAAUAUCACUAAAUAAUUGUCUAACGCAUAGUUAUUCUGUUGAUCAACCACUUAAUUUAGUGGUUCAAAAGCAAGAAGAAAAAACAUUUAAUUACAAAAAACAGAAAUUCAUCUACACUUCCUCCAACAUUUGA